UCGCCUGUAGCUUAAUCCCGCCUUUGGAAUGCGUACGCCAUCGGGUAGCUUGGAGGGAGGAGUGGGGCGCAGCUCUGCUGUGGGAUGCUUGUUGUCAGCGUUUGGUUUGGGGUCGGAAUCCAAUUCCUAGUUUGUGAAGAGUGUGCGUUUCCAAAGAGCGAAGGGAGAGGGAAAUCUGGAGUGUGAAGUACCGGAAAACGAGUUGUGGUCCUGCCACUUGGUGGCUAGAGACCGUGGGCAAGUCGCUUUACCUGUUUAAACCUGAUUUACCUCAUUUCUCCGAGGGCUGACGUCGUUGAGAGCUCGGAAAUGUAGAGAGGCCUGGGGAAGGUUGCUGCAGGUGCUCUUAGGCCUCACGGUGAUAUUUCUGUAAUUGCUGCAAAAUUUCUUGAACCUGGAGAACGAAUGAAAAUGUACGAUCACUGCAUGUGUGGGAGGAGUACAAAACUGUGUGGUGGAGCUUGUAUUCAUUUUGCUUAAAAGGCUGUUUAAAAACAUGCAGGGAGUUCCCAUUGUGGCUCAGCUGGUUAAGGACCCAGUGUUGUUUCUGUGAGGAAGCGGGUUUGAUCCCUGACCUGGCUCAGUGGGUAAAGAAUCCAGCAUAACAGCAAGCUGGUGCAUAAAUUGCAGAUGCAGCUCUAAAUCGACCCCUGGCCCGGGAACUUCCAUGUGCCACAGGUGUGGCUAUAAAAAGAAAAAAAAAGAGGAAUUGAUUGUAAGGAAGUCAGCGUGUGAAAGAGUAUCAGCAUUUUAAAGCUCUUGAAACACAGAGGUCUGAGUAGCCUUCUGGAAAAAUCGUGCCAUGGCUGCCAAAAGUGAGCAUCAAAUAGUGUCAUCUGAAAUGUUGCCAGCAUUUAGUGAGACUGCUAAUGUUGAAAGAAAGCAAGAUUUAAGUGAAGACCAAAGGGAGCACCAGAAGGCAGGAUUAGGUGAAGGCGUCGAACCAAUAUCCAAACGGCAAAUGAAGAAACUAAUGAAACAGAAACAAUGGGAAGAACAAAGAGAACUCCGCAAACAAAAGCGGAAGGAAAAACGCAAGAGGAAGCAAUUAGAGCGACAGUGUCAGCUGGAAUCAAACUCAGAUGGAAGUGACAGAAAACGUAUUCGAAGAGAUGUUGUUCACAGCACACUCCGCCUUAUCAUUGACUGCAGUUUUGACAGCUUGAUGGUGUUAAAGGACAUUAAAAAACUUCAUAAGCAGAUUCAACGGUGUUAUGCAGAAAAUCGACGAGCACUGCAUCCUGUGCAGUUUUACUUGACAAGCCAUGGAGGCCAGUUGAAAAAGAACAUGGAUGAAAAUGACAAAGGAUGGGUCAACUGGAAGGAUAUCCAUAUCAAACCAGAGCACUAUAGUGAAUUCAUUAAGAAAGAAGACCUGAUUUAUCUGACAUCAGAUUCACCUAAUGUACUAAAGGAAUUAGAUGAAUCAAAGGCCUAUGUGAUUGGAGGAUUAGUAGAUCACAACCAUCACAAGGGACUUACAUAUAAACAAGCAUCAGAUUAUGGAAUUGAUCAUGCACAGCUUCCCCUUGGAAAUUUUGUGAAGAUGAACAGUAGAAAAGUUUUGGCAGUUAAUCAUGUGUUUGAGAUUAUUCUGGAAUACCUGGAAACAAGAGACUGGCAAGAAGCAUUUUUCACUAUCUUACCCCAAAGGAAGGGAGCUGUUCCCACAGACAAAGCCUGUGAAAGUUCCUCACAUGACAAGGAAUUCGCCACAGCUGAAGGUGGAUUGAACAGUGAUUCCAGUGAGGAGGAAAAUAGCAGAAAUGAGCAAAAUUCACCACAUGAAGAAAAGCAGGAUAAAGAAAACAGCUCUGAGUCUACGGUGAACUCUGUACCACAGGUGAGCUGCAGCCACUCCCCGCCUCUUCAGGACACUGUCCAAGACCAACAGCAGGAUGAAGUUAACAAUGAAACCAAGCCACAAGAUGGAAGGACCCUGGGCCUCUGAAUCAGCAAGGAAAGUGAAGUCUUCUGCUGACUGAAAACACACACUUUGGAUUCUUAAGUGAGAAAUAAACAUCUGUUGUAUUUGAAUGA